AUGGCGGGGUUCGGAAUGAGGGGGUUGCGGAUAACAGAUAAUAACCGAAUUGCCAAGGCUUGUGGGGCUGUAAUUGUUAACAGACCACAUCAAUUGCAACAGUCUGAUGUUGGUACAGGCGCUGGGAUAUUUGAGGUUAAGACAAUUGGUGAUGAGUUUUUUGCAUUCAUUGUUGAUUGCAAAGAGCCUAAAGCAUGUACUGUACUCUUGAGAGGUCCUAGUAAGGAUCAGUUCAAUGAAGUGGAAAGGAAUUUGCAGGAUGCCAUGUCUGUAGCAAGAAACAUCCUCAAGAAUCCGAAACUUGGUCCUGGUGGUGGUGCUACACGGUUAACUGUAUCUGCUACAUUGAAGCAAAAGAGUUCAUCUGUGGAAGGUAUAGAAAAGUGGCCGUAUGAAGCUGCUGCUAUAGCUUUUGAGCGUAUACCACGUACUUUGGCUCCGAAUUGCGGGGUGAAUGUGAUUAGAACAAUGACGGCGCUGCAGGGAAAGCAUGCAAAUGGUGAAAAAUCAUGGCUUGGCAUUGAUGGUAGCACUGGUGUGAUAACUGGUGUGAAAGAGAAAAAGAUAGGUGGAUAUCUUUUUGGCUUACUAUUAAUCGAUGACAUUGUGAGUGGGAUGAAGAAGAAGCAGCCUCCUGGUGGCAAAGCUCGUUCGAAGCGUCAAGUUGAGAGAAAAGGCGAUGCAGAUAAUGAGCAAAUAAUUCCGGAGUGA